UACAAAAUUUAUGCAGAAUGAAGGACGUGGUCUGUAAGUGAGAAAUACAUAAUGGCAUGCGACAGCAUGACCCUGAUGAUACAGCCCGAAUACUAUGAUUUCUUCUCGAGAAGCCUCGUCCCAAUGCGCCAUUUCUGGCCUAUCCGUCGCCGAAACAAAUGCAGGUAUCUUAAGUUUGCAGUUGAAUGGGGCAAUAGUCACACUGACCAGGCACAGGCCAUUGGGAAAGCAGGAAGCCAAUUCAUGGAAGAGAUGUUGACAAUGCGAAAUGUGUAUGAUUACAUCUUUCAUUUGUUGAAUGAAUACUCGAAACUCUUGAAGUUUAAACCGACGAUACCUACGAAUGCUCAAAGGGUCUGUUCCGAAACGACAGAGCAUGGGUUAGCGAAGGAUUUAUGUUGCAGUCGAUGGUAA